CAAAGACUCCAUUUUGUUUUAUGGUGAAUGUCGCUGAAAUUGCGACGGAUUUAUUGCGUAUUUCGAGUUGGUUUUUAAUUUUAUUAAAAGGGAGUAAAAUCUCCCUUUAUUUCACGUCUUCGCGAUCGUCAAUCGUUAAUCUCAAUAGUGUCGAUCAUCAUUCGUAUCAAGUUUUAUUUAUCCUGUUUAUUGAAGACCAUGGAUUUCUGAAAAUGACAAGUUCAAAGAUCACCGUCGUAACUCCUUUUGGAGAGUAUUUCUCUCUUGUUGCCAUCAAUGUACGAGGAAUUCGCUAUGGAAAAGAAAUUAAAUCGUUCAGUUCAAACUCCGAAAGGAAUUGUUGAGGCGAAGAAAAGUCAAGAUGUUCCCGUCGGUAAACCGUUCUCAAAAUCUUCACGAAAACGUGAUAAUUCAGCUCCGAAAUUUGAUCCAUCUAGAAAACAACCCAAUGGGCCUGUUCAAAAAAAUAAAUACCAUAAUAGAAGGUCCUCGGCCCGUGGAUAUCAUCAUGAAAGUGGAGGAAAGAAUACCGAGUUAGUUUCGGAGUUGGAUGAAGAUUUUGAUUUGAAAAAAAGUAAGAAAAGAAAUCUUACUUAUUUGUUGAAUUUUCAUUGUAAACCACGUGACGGGGCUCUUAACGCGUCUCAUUAUUCUGCGCCAAAAUCGAUCAUCCAUAAUACCAUUCGUGACAUGAUGACAACUCAAAAACAUAAAUACAACAAAGAACAAUUUUUACAGGCCAAUUGUCAAUUCGUGGUUCGAGCGGACGAAGACUACUCUGUUUAUAUGGGUGAUCCUGAUAUCUUAGUUGAUUGGAAAUUUAUCGAACAGAUUCGUGUUCUCGCACCUGAACUUGUUAACUGUCCAAUAUGUCUAUGCUAUCCUACUGCUGCUAAAAUUACCCGUUGUGGGCACAUCUACUGCUGGCCAUGCGUACUCCAUUAUCUUGCUCUGACCGAUAAACCUUGGCAUAAAUGUCCCAUUUGCUUCGAAGCUGUACAUAGAAAAGAUUUAAAAAGCGUAAAACUACUGAAUCAAAUUCAAUACAAUACCGGUAACGAAAUAACUUUUCAGUUGGUUAAACGAGAACGUGGAUCUACCAUCACCAUGCCAGUCUCAGAAGGAACUUCUCGAUCUUCCAACACAUUGCUCUAUGUUACAGAAAAUCAACGUACAACUGUGUACUCGAAACUCUUAUUGGCAGAUCAUAAAAACAUUUUGAAAAUAAUCGAAGAUGAAGAAAAUGAACUUAGAUGCGAGUUAUCUGCGAGUGAAAACACUCCCGAGCUUUGUUUCGUCGAAGAAGCGGUACAGCUGUUGAGUGAACGUCGAGCUAAAUUACUUCAGGAUACAGUUGGUCCAUCGGAAGAUAUUCCAUGUUGUAGUAGUAGUUUAGAAGAUAAAAUCGAUAUUCCUUCUAAUUUAUCGUCUUCUCCAGAAUCUAUAACAGAGGAAUUUCCGUUCGAAUCCAUUACCAAUAUUUUAGACGACGAUGAAACCGCGAAAGAAUCUAUUGUUGGAAGUCCCCCACGAACCAAAAUUCGUUACGAAAGCGUAAGCAGCAACGGAGAAGACACGAUCCCCAACGUAACAGCCGAAGACCUUGAAAUCUCGGCCAAUGCAAAUAUUCCGCAUGCAAAAGACUUUUACUUUUAUCAAGCGAUCGACGGCCAGCAGAUAUUUUUACAUUCGAUCAACGCCAGAAUGUUGGAACGCGAGUACGGAUCUCUAGAAAAUGGACCUCCCGUAAUAACCGGCUCUAUUGUGGAAAUCGAAUCCGGUUCGAUGACCGAAGGAUUACGUAAACGUCUGCGAUACCUUCAACAUUUACCGCUGACUUGUCAGUUCCUCGUCAUCGAAGUGGAUCUCCCACCGGAGAUCGUGUCGCCGGAAACGAAGAAUUAUUUCAAAGAUCAACUUGAUAAAAGGAACAGGGAACGUGAAAAACGAGCCAAAGAGGAACGUAAGAUUCAAAAGAAAGCCGAACAAUUGGCUAAUAAACAGCUCGGUCGUCAUUCGCCGCCGAGAAGUUUACGAUUAGAUUCGUACCAUCAUUUUCCCGAAUGCGGUUCUGAUACACCUCCUAAUUUAUCUCCAAGGAUUCAGUCAGCUACUUCGAGUCGAGCCAGUAGCCCCCAAAGUAACAUGUCUAGACGUAGUACUUCUCCAUUAAACAAAGUUCUCAGUUCAUUAACCUUGAAUAAUAAUAAUACAUUUGCGCAGAAAUUGAAAGACACUAACAAAGAUGGUGGAUGGCGUAAACGUGCCACUGUAUCGGAAAGCGAAGCGUCCACAUCUCAUUCUCGUAAUCUAAUCAGUGAUGCGGUCGAAGCAGCGUUGAUAAAAGCCCAACAAGAGAAAGAAGCUAACAAGCAAAAUUCUGGUAAAAACAAAAAGAAAAAGAAGCAAAAGCCUGUACCUCUAUGUUCGGUCGGAAUGGUGUAUACCAAUCAUUAAAUUCUUCGUGUGAACUUCUCUAAGUAUUCGCUUAUCUUUUAUGUUAUGUUGUAUGGUAUUUUUUUUUUUUGUUUGUUUUUAAAAUUAAUCAUUUUUAUUUCAUUAAAAUUAUUUGUGUAAGUGUUGCCGCGAUAACGACGACAAAAUGUACGUAGUUUAUAUCUUCUUACUCGAAUGUGUUAAUUUUUAACGACCUAUUUCGUUAUUCUACUAUUCUUUCGGUUAUGCGAUUUUUUUUCGGAGUUGAAAGCUAUUAAAGGGUUUUUAAAAAAUAAUAAAUGCGUGAAAUAAAAUCAGCAUUGUAGUUCAUGUUCAAGAACGUGUUUUAUAUUACAUCUAUAUUGGAUUUUUUUUUGCAAGAUAUUCAUCGUUAUCGAAUAAAUACGUUGAAAGUUUCUGUUCAGCUUAA